AUGAGCGUUAUACGAAAGCGCUACCUGAACAAUGAGUGUUUCGCUGAAGAAUUUUUAUGGGUAAAAGAGACUCCUUGGGAGAUUUCGAAUGUUUCUUUUGCACAUGAUAAGAGAGUACAACAAGGUCACGAGGAGUACACUUCUAAGACAUGUGAGCAUUGCGGACAAAUCAAUGGCAAACUGGGUGGUUCUAAGACUUUUCGGUGCAAUUCAUGCGAAGGGUCAAGUUUUGGCCUGACUUUGGGACUUGAACUUUUAUGGGAUACGAUAUGA